GGGCCAGAAGCACCUGAGUUAGUCAUGUCUCUUACUGAUCAGGCAAGUCAGGGCAUCUCUGCAAGUAGUUUUGCAAUCCAUUAAAGGUGAUAAAAAUAAAACAUGCUUUUCAUUUGUUAUCGAUUUUCUUUGAUGAUCCAAGAAGAUGGGGCAGGAGUGUUCAGUGAACAUCUACAAUGUACCAGGCACCACAGCAGGCAUGGAGGGUUUGGGGAACUGCAGUGGGUGAAUUUUAAGUUUUUGGCCAUCAAUUCCAGACAGAAUCAUGAAUAAACUGGAGGACAAGCAGGACCAGAUGAUACCAUGAAGAGAAGUUUACAGGCCCUCUAUUGCCAACUGUUAAGCUUCCUCCUGCCCUUGGCACUGACUGAAGCACUGGUAUUUGCCGUCCAGGAACCAUCUCCCAGGGAAUCUCUCCAGAUCCUCCCCUCAGGCACUAUCCCAGGCACCGUGGUGACAGCAACCCCCAGCUCUACCAGACGCUCAACCGUGGUGGCCCCUGCCUCUGUGGAGAUGCUGACGCCCCAUCCUGAUGGGCCUUCUUCACAGGCCACAGCUCCUAUGACAACGAUGACGUCCCAUCCAGACAGACACUAUCCUGCAAACACCCUCUCCACCACCUCGGUGACUGCCACCACCUCCCAUCCUGAAGGACCCCUGACCACAGGGCACCUUCCUGCUGCCAUGGCAACCACAUCCUCCCACUCAGAGGGCCGUCCCCCAGGGGAGGCUGCCCACACCAUCCUGCCGACAAAGCCAACGGGAGCCCCCAGCCGCCCUACUGCACCACCCACCCGGGCUACCAUGCGCAGACCCCCCAGGCCCCCAGGUUCUUCCCGAAAGGGAGCUGGGAGCUCAUCACGCCCUGUCCCACCCCUACACAGUGGCCAGUUGGGGAGGAAGGAAAGCCAGCGGGGGCGAAAUCAGAGCUCCACAUAUCUGGGGCAGAAGCGGCCCCUGGGGAAGAUCUUUCAGAUCUACAAAGGCAACUUCACAGGGUCUGUGGCGCCAGAUCCCUCCAUCCUCACCCCCAGAAACUCACCCUGGGGUUACUCCUCCUCGUCACAGCCCCAGACAGUGGCUGCAGCCAUGGCACCCAGCAGUACCUCAUGGGCAUCAGCCACCACCCACCUGGUGCCUGCAGAGAACAAGCCAGGCCUUAGCGGAGUAGACCAGGAGGGUGGUUCCACCUUCACCAGCCACGGAGGGGAGCUGAACACCACCGCAGCCUCAGGUGCCCCUGCCAGUCCACAGCCUGCCUCAGUGCCUUCUCAGCGCCCCCACGGUGACCCACAGGAAUCACAGAACUCCUGGUUUAUUCUCACCCCUGGCACUGACAGGCCUCUGUCUGCCAGCUCUGGGGUCCUCAUGGCCGCCACGGAGCCCACCCAGGCUGCCUUCAACACCAGGGUCUCAGCCCCUUCCGAGGGGAUUCCUCAGGGAGCAUCCGCAACCCGGCAGGUCUCAGCCCGGCCCCCCGGGGUCUCAGAAAGCACUGUUUACCGAGCAGAGGAGGAGGCUGCAGCCACCCCCACUCUGACCGAAAGGGUGCCCAGUCCUCUCUCCACAGUGGUGUCCACAGCCACAGGAAACUUCCUCAACCGCCUGGUCCCCGCUGGUACCUGGACGCCUGGAACAGCAGGGAACAGCUCCCAUGUGGCCGAAGGGGACAAACCCCAGCACAGAGCCACCAUCUGCCUGAGCAAGAUGGACAUCGCCUGGGUGAUCCUGGCCAUCAGCGUCCCCAUCUCGUCCUGCUCUGUCUUGCUGACCGUGUGCUGCAUGAGGAGGAAGAAGAAGACAGCCAACCCGGAGAACAACCUGAGCUACUGGAACAACGCCAUCACCAUGGACUACUUCAGCAAGCACGCCGUGGAGCUACCGAGGGAGAUCCAGUCACUGGAAACCUCUGAGGACCAGCUCUCAGAGCCCCGCUCCCCGGCCAAUGGCGACUACAGAGACACUGGGAUGGUCCUGGUGAAUCCCUUCUGUCAAGAAACACUGUUUGUGGGAACCGAUCAAGUGUCUGAGAUCUAACCACAGCAGCUCUAGGUUUGCCAUUCCCUACUUUUCAUUUCUAAAUUAUAGAUGUACAAAUAUAUAUAUAUAUAUUAUAAAUAUAACAUUUGUGUAACCCUGACUUAAUGAGAAACAUUUUCAGCUUUCUUUUCCUAAGAAUUGUCGACAUCUUUUUAUAAGUGUGGUUUAAAAAAAACUUUACAGAACGAUCUGUGGCUUUAUAAAAUAAAGGUAUUUCUAAGCAAAGCAGUUGCAUUGAUUGCUUCUCUUGAUAACUGUUCUUGAGUAUUUGGGGGUCCCUGGAGCCCCAGGCAGGUGAGGUAAUGGACUGACCUUCUCCCAUGGAAGCUUCAGUCCAAGUCGAAUGUUAAAAUGGUCGUAUGGCCUUUUGAGUGAUUUUUAAAGCUGUGGUUCCUAUUAGUUUGGUGUGACUCGGUUUCUUCCCCCCUCAUAUGCACACCCGUGAAGGGUACCAGACCACCCAGCGGGAAGAUGCAGAUCAUGAACAAAGCAGGAAAAGGGAGCACCUCAUACCCCAGAAGAUGAGUAUCCUGGGACCUCAUAGCAGCACCAUUUGCUGUCAAGGUUAAUUCCAUCCAAAUGUCUGGAUGGAAGGCAGAGCAUGCAGCCGUCAGGAAUACACAGGACAUCACGGCAUCCCAAGGCCACAUCCACUAAACAUCACAGCACAGAGCCUCCCCGUCCGGCCAGUGUGGGCUUCUACUGCCCAAACAACAGAACUGCCUCACCCUAGCAGAGAAAAGUCUUCCCUUUAAGCUCAUUCCUGCUUCCCCUCCAACACCAACGUCUGUAUUAAACACUCAUGGCCUUUCUGGGAUGGAAAUCCCAGCCUUCAAGCUUACCCUUUGUCAAGGAUCAAAUGUCUGUUGCAUUUUACUUUGUUUUCUCAAAAGGCAAUCUUGUGCCCCUGAGGAACAUAUCUAUCAAAGAAGACUUGAGGUAGGUCUUAAUUUUAGGAAACUUCCUCCUGCGAUUUUAAAUAACAAUCUUGCCAAAGCGAAUGGACAUCUUGGGAGAAAACAUCCGUUAUAUCCUUACUCAGUGUAACAGACCUGCUUGUGGCAUCAGGGGAUGGACUUGCCGCCCAGCUCUGCGUUUUCCCAGAACACUAACCCCCGGGCCGUGGUGGCUUCCUGUCCGCACUCCACCCUGCGUCCAGCAUGCCAGCAGGGCUCAGACCCUCAGAGGCACAAGAAGAGCUUCCAGAGAUGGGCUGCUACUCUGUUUAUUUUCUAAUAGAUAGUGGCUGGGAGAGAAGAUAACUGCUUUGAUGCUUCCUUUCUCUAAAAGAUAAAUAGUUUGAUAGUAUAUUUUGAAUAUAGAUGUUGUUAUAGUCAGAUUGGGAAUUGAACUUGAAUGUGGACUCAUAGCGUUGUUGCUGUGGUCUUUUUAUCAUGAUUUUUUUCCUUUCUUCCUACAUUUUGCUUUUAAAGGAAAAAAGAAAGAUGGCCUUCGAAAAUGUGUGUUCUCAAUGUUGUAUGUCCUACUUAACCUGAGUUCAGUUGUUUCUCUUCAAAGACUCUUCAACCCGCAAAGAAACAGAUUAAAUCUUGUUCUGAGAUUCAUUUUUCUAACAUACUGCUGUCUGACCUUUUUAACAUUAGCAUAACAUUUCUGUUAGCUACUGCAUUUAACAUGUCAAUGUGUGCGUGUGUGUAGAGAGAAAACUGUUUGUAAAGUAAAAUUCAUAUAUAAUAUAUGUAAUCCAAGAUACAUAUGUUAUAUAUACAUUUGUGG